CAGACAUCGACUGCCCCGGAUGAACACACCCUUGUCUCACGACCUCAUCCAAGUCCUGCUUCGGAUGUGCCAGUCACUGGUGACACAAGGCCCCAGCUGGGUCUUAUGGCACUUGAUGGGGACCGUGAUGCCACAAUUGUCAGAGGAAAGGAGACUGAGCCGGAUGCCGGGAAGGUGCAGGCAGCAGGACCAUCGAGGGAGAGUGAAGCCGCACCUCCACUCCAGCUACUUCUCUGUCGAUUCCAGGCAGGAAAGUUGCUAAAAAGCGUGAUGUCUCCCGCGUCAACAGACUUCCUAGCCAUCUCGCACGUCUGGGGGAAAGCGGAAUGGAUGAAGGUGGACGGCAUCGAGCACGAGAUUCGGGUUUCUCGAGAAAAGGCGAAAUUCAUCAAAGAACAACUACCAUCUAUUGUUGGAGACCAGUGGUUCUGGAUGGACGUCCUGUGCAUCAAUCAACGCGAUGAUGAAGCUAGAGUCGCCAUCACCCAGCACAUUCCUUCCGUUUUCCGGUUCGCCCAGAGAACCAUUGCCGUCAGGGAUAGCUCGGGGUUCAAAGAGUGCUGCACCAAAGCAAUUGGAGACCCCUAUCUCUUCUUCUCAAAAAGUCGUGAUUGGCGGAGUAGGAAUGAAGAUGAUUCUGACGUCAAUUUUGGGGAAGGACUAGACGGUCGGAGACGCUUGAUUGAGCAUAUCACUGAGGAACACGCCGGUCAUGUCAUGAAUGAAGGAAUCUUAACUCGACUAUGGCCGUUGCAAGAGAUUAUACUUUCAGACAAGAUUCAGUUCGUACGUUGCAAGCCCGUGGAAGGUGGUGAGCAGCCUAGAAUUGCAACCGAGUAUGAUGCAAGGAAAAUGCCUGUUCUAGGCCAGAGUCUGGCAGCUCUUGCAAUGACCUGGUCUACCCACGGAGAAGACCACAACGACCCCAUGAGACAUCGAAUCGGCUUCACCAAGAACGAACUUGUCAUUGCCUUCCUUGAGCUUGGUACAGCUUCACGCCGAUACGAGAAUCGGGAAGUUUUGCUACCAAAUGAGAGGGAUAUCAUGCUCCAUUUAAACAGUACCCGGGAGACUGGAAGAGCAAGAGACUUCAUUCUUGCAAUUAUGCCCCAGUACGGCUUCUAUAAAGCUCCCAAGAAAGCAAAGCAACUUACCUUCACUGAGCUCUUUCUUGAUUGCUGCCGCCAACUGCGAGAAGUGGAUAGUGGUCUCAGCCCCUUGUUCCUGGAAUCCGACCACCUUCUCGACGGGCGAGUCGGGCCAUUAAAGGUCGAUCUUCCAGAGCCAAAGUGCUUAGGAGACCUUGCCAAGCUUCUCAAUGGUCCUGUUAUGCGCUGUCCACCAGGAAGCAAGGUCGAUCUCGCGAAAGCAGACGGCGUACCCAUGGCCAAAGUCAUGGAAAAUGCUGCCAGGAUGCUCCCUGAUUUUGCGGAAGUCACAGACCAUCACUUACAACUUGCGCACAACGUACUGGUGAUACACACUGUUGUACGCAGUAUCUUCAACUCCACGGUCCUCUGGCCAAUCUCCCACCACGAAAUCAACCGUGAGCUUGCAGCUAUUCCUCCUGACGCAGACGAUAAACGAAGAGCCAUCGAGGCUCUUCAUAUCAUGAUCUCGACUAUCGACUUAGAUGAAAACUCAUACGAAAACGCAGUGCGGAUGACCGAGUACCCCGCCCUCCACGAGCUCCUCCGAAACAUGCCGUGGAGAAUCCCAAUCACGCUCGCGGCGAUGCUCAGUUGCGGUCUCGGCAUCAGCCGCCUCGAUUGGGCGCUGGAGAAUAUGACGGCGAUGCAGUUUGUCGUAAAUGAAGUCUCGUACUUGGCUCUAGCUCCAAAUUCCGUUGCGUUGAGUGGGGAUACGGCGUAUUAUUUUAAGGAGGGAGGGGAGUUCUUUGGUGGGAGGGAUGGCUCGCUUCCGAGGCAGGCGCUGCUGGCGGGUAAUCCGGAGACGGAUGGAUAUUUUACGCUUUGUUUGUUUCCGCCGGAUACUAAGUUUAAGGGGUCGAGAGAGUACUGAGGAGUUGAAUCACGAGUGGCUUGUGCUAGAGUGAUCGUGUAGAAUUGUAUAUAAAUCAAGUGACUAGCUUUUGAGGAGAUGUUUGAGCUAGAAAAUAUUUGUUUUAAG